AUGGGCAGGAUCAUCUUCUACGAGUACAAGAACUACCAGGGUCGCAGGUAUGAGUGUGACAGCGACUGCACCAACUUCCACUCUUACCUGAGCUGCUGCAAUUCGGUGCGGGUGGAGAGUGGGACCUGGGUUAUCUAUGAGAGGCCAAACUACCUGGGCUACCAGUACGUCCUGACCAAAGGGGAGUACCCCAACUACCAGAGCUGGAGUGGCCUCAACGACAGAGUCAGCUCCUGCAAGAUGAUUCACUUUACCUCAGAGGAUCCUGAUAGGAUCCAGCUCUAUGACAAAGUGGACUUUUCAGGUCAGAUGUUUGAGACAAGUGAGGAUUGCCCCUCUGUGUUGGAGAGGCUUCACUGGAGAGAGGUGCACUCCUGCAAAGUCCUGGGAGGCUGGUGGGUCUUUUACGAGCAAUCCAACUACAAAGGUCUCCAGCGCCUGCUGGGGAAAGGCGAGUUCGCCAGUCCUGCGGUAUGGGGUGCCGCCUGCUCCACAGUGCAGUCGUUUAGACGGAUAAGAGAGUAG